AAUCCGAGAAACCGAACGGUCAUUUUCCGUGGAGCUGAACGAUUAAAAUAUGAUUCACCUUCUUCUCAUUAUUCUUUGGAGGGCGACCCCAAUCCAAGGAAGCGACUCCGAGCUAUUUCAACAUUUGAUGGAUUACAGGUAUUCAUCAAUCAAAGCAUCAAGCCUGUUUCUUUUGAGAAGUCCAAUUCGGAUCAGUGGUUGCUCUCGAAUCAGUGUUAAUAUAUCCAUGGAUCAGAUAGAGCAAAACAAAAAAAUUAGCCAUGGCUUUUCUAUCAUUGCUUAGUUAUUACAGGCUUGGUUUUCUCUGUCUUUAUCGUUAUUUUAGGGCAUCACAUUGAAUCUACGUUCAGUUCUUACUUCACUUGAUUUAGUGAUCAUGGGCAGCCUUUCCUGGACUUUUGGGUUUACGGUUUUACAGAGCAAAAUGCUUUGCUAUUCUAAUAAAGACAGCUUAAACCCUAAAUCAAACAAAAGUUUCUGUAGAUUCGAGAAACUGAGGCACAAAGCACACAGACAAGCAAAUCCGAGCUAUUAUCUAUUUUCCGAUUCCAGGACCAUUAGGUCAUUUAUUGCUCAUUCAUAUGCAGGGGAUGCUGUGAUCUCUGAGAGUCCAAAUGUCGAAGCCAUACCAACCGCUGGUCCAGGAUUGGCUUCUUCUGAAUCAUUUGGAACUAGAAUUUUUCGUGAUGAAUACUUAUGGAGUGCAUUUGAGAUUGCAGAAGCUGUGGGCGGAGAAGUUGUUAGAUGGGGUCUCGCUGGGACUAUUUCAACUGAUACUAGGACCUUGUUGCCGGGUCAAUGGUUUUUCGCCAUUUCUGGAAAAAAUUCUGACGGCCAUGAUUAUGUUGAUGAGGCAUUGGCUGGUGAAAAGGGUUGUGUAGGAGUUAUUGGAAAUAGAGUAUGUAGAGGUUGGGAAAAUGGUUUCAUUAAGGUGGACGGGGACACCAUUGCUGCUCUUGAGAAAAUGGCCAAGUUUUCUAGAAAUAGGUUUCAUGGCAUAGUAGUGGGUUUAACAGGAAGUGUUGGUAAGACAACUACAAGAACCAUGAUAGCACUUGCACUUGGGAGCCUCGGUCGAAUAUACCAGACUCAUGGGAACCACAACGCCAUGGUUGGGGUUGCUUUGACACUGAUUGGUAUUCCAUUGGAUGCUAAGGCUGCAAUUGUUGAGCUUGGAAUGAAUAGGAUGGGGGAGAUUUUGGCGGAGGCACGAAUUUGUUGUCCAUCAGUGAGAGUGAUUCUGAAUGUUGGUCCCUGCCAUUUGGAGUAUUUGCAUGGUUUGGAGAAUGUUGCAAAGGCAAAAGGGGAGCUUUUGGCAGAGGCAAAGCCAGGUGACAUAUGCGUGUUGAAUGGUGAUGAUCCUCUAGUUUUGAGUAUUCCAAUUCCACCUGGAACAAGGAAGGUACUUUUUGGACGAGGAGUUGGAUGUGAUGUUAGGCUGCUCUUGGCUGAAAACAUUGAUGGUGGUCGUGCAAUUCGUGUGAUCAUAGAAAAUAACAUGCCUACGUCCAUCACCAACCGAUUUAAAAUUGCAGACAAAAGGACUCCAAAAAUGGUUGAAUUCAAGCUACAUGGUCCUGGUUUGCACCAAGCCAUGAAUGCAUGUGCUGCAACAGCCGUCGCCGUCUCAUUAGGCGUACCUCUUCCUCAAAUCGCAGAAUCACUCUCAAGAUUUCGUCCCGCGCCCAUGCGGUCCCAAAUGCUCCUCACAAGGAGCGGCAUCACAGUCAUUAACGACGCCUACAAUGCCAGCCCUCCAAGCAUGGCUGCGGCCAUUGAAUCUCUGAAGAACCUUGAUUGUACUGGUAAAAGGGUUUGCGUACUUGGCGACAUGCUUGAACUGGGUGUGACUGAAGCUGCUGCCCAUGAACUGGUGCUCGAUCUCUGUUGUUGUGAUUCUAUUGGGCUUAUAAUGCUUGUCGGAGAAAGAUUUCUCGUCGCUGCCGAAAAACUGAAGCUGAUGGAGAAGAUUGAUGUGGUUUGCAGUUCAGAUGUAGAAUCUCUUGCAGCGAAAGUUAGGGAGUUUUUGGGUUUAGGCGACGUUGUUUUGGUGAAGGGAAGUCGAGGGAUGGAGAUGGGGAAGGUUGUUUCUGCGAUUAAUGAUUGUAAGUAUUAAGUGCCGCCAAGGCAUGUAAUUGGGAUGAUUUUGAAUAAGGAAAUGGUUGUUUCAGUAUUAGU